AUGUUUUCAUUACUAUGGUGGUUGAUUAAGACAGUGCUAUAUUUGAUACUCUUCACAUUAAGAUUGAUCAAGAGAAUAAUAUAUUUGAUAAUUAUCAUUCUAAUUAUAAUUGGACCAAUUCUAUGGUAUUCAAUAACCCGAGCAUAUUCAGAUUCAUUUAAAACUUCAUUCCCAAUAAUAAUACCAGUUGGUAUUCAAUUUGGAAAUGAGCAAUUCAAUUUCCCUGAUUUGGUUGAAGCUACACAACUUCAAGUUACUCAAGAAUUAAGAUAUUUAACCGAUAAACAUGUCAAAGUGAAAUUGUAUGAUUAUCUUCUGCCCGUGGCAGAGGUGAAAACUCCAUAUACUAUUGAAUUGGUAUUAUCUGAUCAAACUCACAUGGGAAUGAAUGAGGAUGGGAAACGAGCAUAUGUGUUUUAUACCCUAGAUUCAAUCUAUUCCAAUGAUUUACCAUUUUUAAUUACACAAACGAUUCUAUAUCAUUUACUUAAGCCUCAGAUUGAAAUUAUAAACAAAUCAGAUCCAUUGACUGUUUUCCCAACAGUUCUAGAUAAACAUUUACUUGAGGAAGAAGGUUUUAGUGGAUUUGCCAUACAACUUAUUCUUUGGUUUGAGGGAUUGGCAAGGAGAGAUCAACAAUUAAAUCAAAACAGAACGCGUGAUUCAUCUGUUGGAGUAGCAAUCUCUAAAAAGUUGCAAGCUACUACAAUAAGGGUUCGCUAA